AUGCGGGAUACAGCAGUGUACCUCCUGUCACUCGUGGGGCUGGCCGCGCCAUUCGCCGCCCUCUUCUGGAUUACGCCCGAUGAGCUCAGUGUCCAGCUGCUGUUCAUGAUGCUUUGCUGCGGAGUGGGUCUUGCUGCAGGUGUGGACAGUUGCCGCAGCAACGGCCAAGAGACUUUGCUGCCCCAGGACACAUUGCAGGGCGCCGUGCGCUUGAAGGAAGAUCUGGGUGUCACCUACGACGAGCGUGCGCUCAUCCGGGACCAUGUCACAGAGAUGAAGUAUCUGAGUUUUCUGCUGUUCGCUCUCCGGCUGGCCGUGAACAUCAAGGCCCUGUGGCGGAACAUGAUGGUAGUUUGUUUGGAGGAUUUACCACUGACUGUGGGGAGUGCUGCUCGAGUUCUGGAGGCCGGGAUUUUCUUGGAACACCUCUGCAAGCUGCCCUGUGAGAUUUUGAGCUGUAUCUGUGGAAUUCACGCGAGCCCUUCCCAGUGUGUGGGCACAGUCAAGACAUUGGCAGGCUUCUCUGCCAUGCGAUUCGUCAGGUUUCUCAACAAGCGGCACAUCUUCGGGGCGCUCCGCAAAAUUGCCGCUGACCCCAACAUUCUCAAGGGCUGCUACUUGGUGAUUAUCGGCAUCCUUUACUCCCUGGUGCUUGCCGGCUUUGGCCUCUCCGUGCUCUUGACGAAGCUGCACGGCCUGGAUAUCAAAGCCAUGGAGUCGGAGGGCGUCGUUGGCCUGUUUCAGACAGCCUGGACGGCACUGGUCUCUGGUGGCCUCUCCGCCCUCAUGGCGACAAACCUCAUGGAGCUGGUGGAGUUUACGAAUCAGGUAGCCUCGGCAAUGAACAUCAAAGAAGAAGAGAUGCACAGCCUCCUUUCAUUCCUCCUUGGCCGGAGCCACCGACGCGCUCAAGCUUAUAUGGACACCGUGAUGUUAAACUUCAUGAAGCUACCACGCUGGAGCAGCCGACUGGUUGCCAUGAUUACCUUUGAUGCAGAGGGCUUGCAGCGACUGGUGCGAGAAAGCCCUGCGCCCUGA